AUGUAUCAAGCUGCUAACUCAAAAAAGGAUUCUCAAAAUAAUGAAUUUUUUAUGUCUUCUUUUUUAUCAAAUCCAUCACAAAUAUAUGAUGAUUUAUAUGAUGCUAAUUUAUAUAAUAAGAAUUUAGAAAGUAGUAAAAAAUCUGAUGAUUUGGAUGAAAGCUCAGAGGCUAAAAAGGAAAUAUUAUCAGCUAUUAUACACAAAAAUGAACAACCUUUAAAUAAAUCUAGCAGAAAAAGAUUACCUUUCUGA